AUGAGCAAGUUACUUCUCAAGGCAUGCGAAGAAGCGAAAGAAGGCAAUAAAAACAUUGUUAACAAGGUGAGACAUAUUGGUAACAAAUUUCUCAACGCUGUUGAAAUAAGUGCACAAGAGGCUGUCUACCUCGUCCUGCAAAUACCUUUGAGAUGAUCGUCUUGAGAAUUCCAAUUUAUCAAUACAUCUGACCCAGAUGAAAGAACAUUCUUAUUGAAGAGCAUGGAUAAAAUUAAAGAACUUCUUGAUAAUUCUGUUGAUAUUGAGUCAGAUAACAUUAUUAAAAGAUAUCAGAGAAGACCAAGGAAAUUGGAAAAGUUAUGUCUGGCCGAUUUUGUCGCAUGGUUUAAUUGUAAAAGUGACAGUAAUCAACAAAGCAAACAAAAAUCAAAUUCACUAUUAAUAGAUGAUUACCUUUCAAAGAGUAAUUUCGAUGAUAAUGUAGAUGAUGAUCUUUCUCAUAAAGAACAGGAAAAAAAUGAAAAUGAUGAAUAUGAAAUGAAAGGUAGAAUAACGCUGGUGAAAAGGAACAAGCCAAGAAUAAUAUGGUCAGUUAGAUUUGAUAAAACCAAAUAUCAAGAAAAUUAUUGUAGAGAACAAAUAAUGCUUUACACUGCUUGGAGGAAUGAAUGUACAGAUCUUUUGCAGGACUCAAAAAAUUACCAAAAUCAGUAUGAAAUUGUCAAAGAUGUGAUAGAACAAAAGAGAAAACAAUACAAGAAUCACACCGAAGUUCUUGAUCAGGCAGUACAAGAUAUUGAAAGUGAAGAAAAUCUAGUUGCUCCAAAUACGCAGUAUAGAGAUGAACAAGACAGAGAAAUUGGCCUGAAAGAAAGUGAAUUAUACGGAUGCUUUGAUCCUGAGAAAGAUAAACAACAUGCCCAGUACGACUUGAUAAAUGAUAUUGGUAUAUAUCCACAAACAAACGAUGACGAAGAACUUGUUGCAAAAAGGCUGAAUGAUGCCAAUUUUAGAAAACUUGUCCAAUCACUUAAUGUUGAGCAAAAAGAGUUUUUUUACAAUGUACUGAACUCUUUCAAGACUGAUUAA